AUGCCUGACGAGACGAGGUUUACGUUCAUCGAUUGGAACGACAAGAACACAACCGAUAGCGUCCAAUCAGCACGCUUCAAGAUCAAGUCCCAGGCAGCCUUCCACUCCCACCAAGCCGCCAAACUCCGAAGAGAGCAGGAAGAGCUGUGCAUCGAAGUGACGGUCUCAUGGCCCCCUGGAUCGCGAAGACGAACGCCCGGCCAGGGAAGAGGCAAAGCUGCCAGGCCUGGUAGAGGAGGCAGUAAGUCUGCCAGUCGAGUGAAGGACAGCAGAAGACAGGAAGCCGAAGCGGAAUAUAUGCCUCUGAGACCAUCCCUACAUCGGAUGUACGCCAGACCUCCGAAUGUCCCAUUCAUUCCUUGGAUAGAUGCUAUUUUGCGGCAUAGCUUCAACAUCGCAUACCGUGAAUUCUGGCACAAGACCGGCCUUACCGGUAGACUGGGCUUCGAAAUUGAUUGCUUCAUAGACUGGAUGCGAUUCGAGGCCAUGCAAGACCCAACAAUGUUCUACCUGUUCACGUCAACCGCCGUCUUCUUUGCUCUGCCGGUAGGCCGCCGCAACCGAUUCCACGUCACCUGGCUGCGGACGCAAGCGAUUCGAGAACUCAACAUCGCCCUGUCCGACCCCAAGCGCAUGCUCAGCAGCAUGACCAUCAUGAGCGUGCUGACGAUGACGGCGUACGAGGCCGUUGUGGACGCUGAAACAACCAAGAGGAUCCACGCCCCGGCGCUCAGACGGAUGGUGGCGUUGAAAGGCGGCGAGGAGAAGAUGGGGUUGGAACUUCCAGGCUUCGUGAUGGUGCAUGCGAGGUGGCGAUGUCAGGCUAUAACGACGUUUCUGGGAUUGGAUCCGAUUCUGACGCCGUGGGAGGAUAUAGCUUCGAGUGACGGCCUUCCGCCUUUGAAGAAUGGGCUGCCGCGGAUGAUUUAUGAGCGGAUGAAAAGUAAGGAGGAGGCGGAGACGGGAAAGGACGAGGACCUGACACGUCUUGGAGAUGCCGAAGAAGAAUGGCAAGAUGAAGUCUGUAUCGUGGAUGAAUAUGGUUAUCCUGCAGACUCGACUUUAGAUCCUGGCUUGAGCUCUGGCGGGAGAGACGAUACUGGAGGCUGA